AAACACCUGUAGCCUACUGUUUACAUAAGGUUAGUAUAUUAGCCUUUCUUUGAUGUGUAUCACCGAGCAGUCAACGAAAAAUCAAAGUUCUAUCUCAACAUGACAGAUAAGAAAUUGCGAGUCGUUAUUGUUGGUGCCGGAUUCGCUGGUCUGACCGCCGCAAUUGAAUGCCAGCUCCGUGGCAUGCAAGCCAUCCUGGUCGAAGCUUAUCCUGGCCCUACUUCCCACGGAGACCUACUCGAUUUCACUGAGAACGCGGGACGAAUAUUCAAGAGUUGGGACAAUGGCAGAGUUGGCAGAGCUAUUUUCGAAAGCGGAGUUACAGCUGCCAAAACCAUGCAAUUCUACAACCAGGAAAAUGUUUUGCUGCGGGUUGAUGCUUGGCCGCAUGGAGACCAAGUCUACGCGGGCCACCGAGGCACUAUGCACAGAAUAGUGUUUGACUACGCAGUCGAGGUCGGCGUUGAGAUGCGGUGUGGAAAGAGGGUUCUGCAAUAUCUAGACACGGAGGAUGAGUGUGGCGUGACGAUUGACGGCGGUGAUAAAAUUCUGGGCGAUGUCCUGAUUGCUGCUGAUGGACCAAGGUCGCUAGCUCGUUCGCAGUUACUGAAGCUCCCCGAGGGACGUGUGAAUAGCGGAUAUGCAAUCUUCAGGGCAUACUUUGAGGUUUCUGAUUCCUUCAAGAGUAAUCCAGCUUUGGAGGAACUGGCAAAGGAAGAUGAAGAUGUGGUGCGGUUUUGGGUGGGACGUGAUAUGCACGGCUUCAUUUACACUUGGAACAAGGGAAGGGAUUGUGCGUGGGUCCUCACGCAUCUCGACGACGCCAACAUUGGCGAGUCGUGGUCUUUUCCAGGCAAGAAAGAAGAUGUCCACUCUUAUCUAACCCAAGCCGGAUUCCCGAAUGUCUGGCAUGAGAUCGUGGAAUUGACACCUGAGAGCCGUCUCAUCGAUUACAAGCUUGUCUGGCGGGACCCGCUAAAGACCUGGGUCACAAGCUCCAAGCGUGGGGUCGUUAUCGGCGACGCCGCACACUGUCAUCUUCCAACAUCGGCCCAAGGAGCUUGUAUGGCUGUUGAAGAUGCGGCUACUAUUGCAAUCUGUCUGCAAAAGUCAAAUGGCAAUGUGCCUCUUGCUUUACAAGUAUUUGAACGCAUCCGCUUCAACCGCUCCCACACGAUCCAUCAAGCGUCUAUAUUCACGCGGAACAUCUACCAUAAAAAUGACUGGUCACUUGAAACAGUUCAGCAGAAUCCAGAUUCCCUGGUAAUGCCAUUAAUGGACUGGAUUUUGGAUUUUGAUGCGAAGAAGACAGCAGAGGAUAAUUUUGAGCAGCUCGCGAGCGAUGUGAAGAGCGGAAGAGAAGGGAGUAUUGAGGAACUGGCUCUUCCAGCUGGAGGUGAUUACAACGCAAUGAACAUAAGUGCUACGGAUCAGUUCAUAAGUUCAACUGGGCGCGAUCAUCAUGUUCAGUUAUCGAGCGUUGCAGCUGCCACUCAAGCUUUACCUCUGAAGAUAUAGCUUCAUUUAGUAAAUCCAUUAGUCUGUGAGAAACCUAGCCACAUGUAAAUUCCUGCUACUAGUAAAUUUACGUUUUGGUAUGCUCUACAGACUAACUUAUAAGCGGAGGUCACAGCUUACAGUAUACUACAUAUUGGUAGGAGCACAGGCUUCUCGGGUAACAGCAGUAGUUACGCACAUGGGAAGUGGUGGGGGGCAACAGCUCUUUCCAACUGCAGGAACAGUACCCUAGCUCCCACAGAAGAAGGAACGAGACACGAGAGCAAGGCGCGAGCAUGAUUUCGGGUACGGACUAAGCAAAUGGUAGAAUUCAUUGAGCAUUCCUCGUGUAAAGGUAAACGUCGACAAAC